GGAGAAAUCUUGGGGAUCCAGAGGUGGUGACGCAAUGGAGGGACUGGAAGAAAAUGGAAGUGUCCAGGUAGGAGAAUUGUUACCUUGCAAGAUUUGUGGAAGAACAUUCUUUCCAGUGGCAUUAAAAAAGCAUGGACCCAUUUGCCAGAAAACUGCCACUAAGAAGCGGAAGACUUUUGAUUCAAGCAGACAAAGAGCUGAAGGAACUGAUAUUCCAACAGUAAAGCCUCUUAAACCUAGGCCUGAACCACCAAAGAAACCAUCUAAUUGGAGAAGAAAACAUGAAGAAUUCAUUGCCACCAUAAGAGCAGCUAAAGGCCUUGAUCAGGCACUUAAAGAGGGUGGAAAACUUCCUCCUCCUCCUCCACCUUCUUACGAUCCUGAUUAUAUUCAGUGUCCAUAUUGCCAGAGGAGAUUUAAUGAAAAUGCAGCUGAUAGACAUAUUAAUUUCUGUAAAGAACAGGCAGCACGUAUUAGUAAUAAAGGCAAAUUUUCUACUGAUACCAAAGGAAAGGCGACUUCUCGGACACAGUAUAAGCCGCCUGCACUUAAAAAGUCAAAUUCUCCUGGAACUGUACCAUCAGGAUCUUCACGGUUACCACAACCAAGUGGCACUAGCAAAACUGUUGUAGGUGUGCCUUCAGGUAAAGUGUCUUCAGUUAGCAGCUCUUUGGGGAACAAACUUCAGACCUUAUCUCCUUCCCAUAAAGGGAUAGCAGCCCCUCAUGUAGGAACUAACAUCAAACCUCGAAAUUCCACACCACCAAGUUUGGCAAGAAAUCCUUCCUCAGGUGUGGUUACAAACAAAAGAAAAACAUAUACUGAGAGCUACAUAGCCAGGCCAGAUGGAGACUAUGUAUCUUCACUUAAUGGCGGAAACAUUAAAGUCAUGGAAGGAAAUUCAACAGGACACUUACCAAAAUUCUGCCAUGAGUGUGGAACUAAAUACCCUGUAGAAUGGGCAAAGUUUUGCUGUGAAUGUGGCAUUCGAAGAAUGGUUCUGUGAAUAGAGCCCAAAAAAAGCUAAGUCCAGAAUUUUAUGACUGUUGCUGCUUGGACAGCUAGAGCACUUCCUUUAGUGAUUUUAUGCUAAAAUUAUUCAAAAUACUUUUUUCAGCAAUUUUUGGAGCAUAAUUCUUUGGCUGUGAAAUGUGUGUGUAUAUAUAUGAAUGUGUACCUAUACUGUAUAUAAUAAAUACCUGAUACCCCAAACUGUGCCAUUCAAGAAAAUAGUCACUCAUCUGUCAGAGAAUAAUUUCAAGUGGAAUCAUUAACUUAGGUAUUACUUUUCUGUUACAGUUGUUGAAGCACAUUAAGCAUACCUUCACAAAAUCAAAUGCUAGUGCUCAGCCCUUCAAGCUUUAGGAUGAUCAUUACUUUGAGGAAAAGUCAGAACAAACAUUUUUAUUAUGGGUGCCUAUUUUCACGUAGUAUAAGAUUAGAUGCUUGGAGUUUUGCAAGAGAGUAUUUUCAGUUGCAGUUAGUUAUGUCAGGUCAUUUUCCUGUAGAGCUGUUGUACGGUUAAUUUUAUAAAUAUUUAAAAUAGAGAGGAAUUCAACCUCUACAGGUCUAUGUUGUCCUUUACUCAGUAUAUCAUUAAUUAUAUAAUUUAGAGAUCUUUAUUUAUUCUUUAAAAUGUAAUUAUGCAGUUUCCUUUUCAGAGACACAAGACUAAAAAAUAUAAAUGUAUUUUAUUCUAGUUAUAACUUAAUGACUUUUUUU